AUGGCUUCUGGAAAUGGUGCUCUCCGCUUUGCUGAUUUUGGUGCAUUAUCAAAAAGAAUGCUGGCACCGAUCGAAGGUUACGAAAAGAUGUCAGUGGUAACGCUCGAAGAAGCUGUGGAGCCUCUCGUCGAAAUCGUGCCGAAAGUCAAACGAAAUGUAAAGGUAGUCAAGGAAAAUUGUCAAGAGCCCGCAGAUGGCUUAACAACUAACGAAUCGGCUUCAAUUAUGCUGUACACCUAUGAGUCGAUGCCGUAUGAAGAUUCGUUAUAUGUUAAACUCAACGAAACUUUACGCUCGGAACAACGAAAAAAAUUAAUUCCAUGGUUUCUUUAUCUUCGGCUCAUACUGACGGCGCUUGCUCGUCUUCCAUCAAAGCGCCGUUUCAUUUUUCGAGGAGUUCGAGAAAACUUGUGGGCUGACUAUCCGGAAGGCAAAACUUUUAUUUGGUGGGGAUUUUCAUCGUGUACUUCAUCAGUCGGAGUGUUGGAGAACGAGCAGUUUUUUGGCAAAACUGGAAACAGAACUCUAUUUCAAAUAGACUGUACAACAGCAAAAGACAUAAAAAAACAUUCAUUUAUAGCCGGAGAAGACGAAGUACUUUUAUUACCCGCCAGAAAACUUCAAGUCAAAUCUUGUCUUGAUUCUGGCAAUGGACUUCAUAUUGUACAACUCGAAGAAUUGAAGCCAGAGUACGAUCUUCUUGAACCAGUUCCAGUACCAGUGCCAGUUGUUAAAUCCAAAGAUAAAACUCAAGAGAAAUCUCAACCAAUAGCAGCAGCAACGACGAUUGCGGCCAAACCUAGUGCUGGAGCCAUGGAAAAACAUUUUUCAACAAUGCAACUCGACAUGAAUACAAAGCCACGAGGUCAGUAA